ACAUAUUAAAACUUCCCACGUGGAUCGUUUACUCUUCGAGGCUGGGACUCGACGAAGCUCGUUCCUUCUUAGCUUUGCCAGUCUCGCCUGAGAAGAGCCAAGAAGUUGCGAGCACCUGCAGUGGUUCUACGUUGCAGUUGGUUUUAGAUGGCUUCCCUAAAGAUGUUCCUGUGUUCUCCCAUCUUGAUUGUGGUUAUUGGUAUUCUACAAGAGGCACAGGUGGUUUCAGGUUACCAUGAUCCCUAUGAAGAGGUUCUGUGGGUACGACAUGAUCGCCAGUCCAAUGAAAUAGAGCAAGUCGACGAAAGAUACAUCGAGUAUGCGGAGGAUUUGGAAGAAGGAGAAGAAGAAGGAAGUUUCCCGUCGAGGUACAAAAGAAACGUCGUCGAGGCCGAGGAGGAGGGAGAGGAGGAGAAGGGGGAGGGGGAGUGGGAGGAUGAUGCCCCCACUGAGGAGGACAUCGAAGACCUGGUCUUAGCCAGGAAGGAACUAGAUGAUAUUCAGCGGCAAAUCUUGGCGAGACUAGUAUUAAAUGCCACCAUAAAUGGUACAACGAUAGUUAACCUGAACAACAGCUAUUGCUUCCAAAGUCACGACACCUUCGGGAUAACGCGGUACCCAAACAAGUUCAGGAGAGUUUGGUGCUUCACUCUGGGUGGCGGUGUGUAUGGCCUCGAGCUCAAAUGUUCGGUCUUCAGGGUAGAAUUUGCUAGAUGCUGCCAGUACGACAAGUUUAUCACCUUCGUGAAACCGUACACCGUAGGAGUGAGGCACUGCGGGCGAAUCGACUGCUUAAAAAAAUUCUAUUACCGAGACCUCAAGAUCAUAUGGAAAACGGACUCCAGUGUUAGAAAGGCUGGAUUUAGUUGCAAGGUCACGCCGAUACCCUGUUGUGGAGCCGCAGUGCGGAAUCCGCCAGUGAAGAAAUUGGUAACAAAAUGCGCUGAUUUGCGGCCUGGAUACCACCAGUGUGAUUGUACAGACAUGGGACCUGGCAAAAUUUGUCUUCGGUGCAGCAUUUGUGAGACCUGUGACAUGGAAUUCUUCGCUGUGCAUAAUUUUUCGUCAGUGAGUAUAUAUUUAUACAUGGAGUUCCCCUGCCCAAAUUGUACGAUGAACUUUGCAGCAGUCUCAUACGGGUUCGAGCAGUAUGUCAAGGGCCACGUCACUUGUCUGAAUCCAUAUCCAAAUGUUGUCCUGCGCCCAUACCCAUUUUCGGAAAUCAUAAUUGCCUUGUUCUGCCCAGUAGAUCCAAACUUCUUCAACAUCUGUCAGAUCUUCAGUGCGCUCAUCGCUCAAGGAAAACGUUCUCCUGUUUUCGCUGACGGGGAUCUUCCAUAUGAAUCGAGAGUAACGCCAGGAAGUCUUGUAAUUCUGGUUAAUCAAGGCAACGCCCCUGGCACUCCCCACCCUCCAGUCAACCUGAACACACUUUCUCACCCCGAGACAGUUAUCAGCUUGACAAUCAACGACUCCCAGUGCGACUUCUUCUACCAAAGUCAAAACUUGAACCUGACUGUCUUCACCCAAGUGGAGGAAAUAGAUCUAUAUUUGUGUAACGUAACGUUGCCUUGUGGGAGCAUCAUCAUCAAUUCGAUAAACAUCACGGAAAUCACCAUUCGUCUUCCAGACCCUUCGAAUUGCAAUCCUGGUUGUGUAGUCAGUAACCAAGCUCCGCCAGUGGUACCUCCACCAGUAGUUAAUUGUCUGGCGUCAAAUUAGUUCUUUGCAACACAACGCUAAUGGACCAUCAGUGCAUCGCAGGAGUGAAGACAACAUCCGAACCAAGAAACAUACCAACAUCAAUACAUCAACAUCAGACGAGAACCUUUUGCUACCUUAAGAGAUCUAUCAAUACGAAGCUACUGGAAUGUCCUGCAAACUUUUCUUUCUAAAACUGAAAUUAAUUCAAUAAAACAUAUUCGUUGGAACCUACCUAUGUGCAACUUGGGUACUGCAUUUAUAUACAUUACCAAAUUUCAUGGCAAUUUUCCAAAAGUCUUUGUUGUUAUCUUGAUGACAGACCGACAGACAGACGAAAGACAGACAGUCGAACAGACAGAGAGACAUUACCGAGUAGUACACUAACCGUUCGGCGAAAGGAUCACUAGAAAACAAUUGUUAAUUGGUUUACCAUUUAUCUUAAUUAUUUAGGUCUGAGGAGGAGGCGGUGCCGGAGGAGGGCAGUGCCCAGCUGCAACCACUUUUUAUCCUUUUAGUUACUGUUUCUGCAUCCUCGUUCCUUUCCUCAAUCUUGCUGUCCAUCCUCUCUAACUUUUGAUUCUUAGUGCAAUUGUGAGUUGAGUUGAAUAUAAGAUUUAGGCCAAAGGCCAAGCACUGGGACCUUGAGGUCAUUCAGCGCUGAAAUGGAAAUUGACAGUAAAAGGUUUGAAAGAUGUAACAGGAGGAAAACCUCAAAGCAGUUGCACUAUGAAUCAAUUGUUAGAAGAGUGUGGAAAGUAAUAUGAAGAAAGAGAAUAUGAAAGGAGGAACAGUAAACGGAAUGAAAGUGGUUGCAGCUAGGGGCCAAGGGCAAGCUGCAAAGAACCUUAAGUAAUACCUACAGUGCACCGCAUGAGGUCCGCUAACGGAAUUACCCCACUCAUAGGCGUAACUGAGGGGCGGCACGGUGGGGCACGUGACCCCCAUUUGAAACUGGUGCCCCACCGGGUGCCCUUCAUUUUGAGUUCAUGACGCUUGUAGUAAAAGCCUAUUAUUACUAUUAUUAUAAUUAUAUUAGUAAUGUUCAAAUUUUAUACAUCAAGUAGUUUGGCUGUUUUUGCCAUACGAAGAUAAGUCGGGUUUUACUACAUUAACUGUAAGAAAUAGAUCAGUUUUCUUUCUUUUAUAUAAUUGAUAGGCUUAAAUAUUUUACAACAACCUUAAUAACUUUCAUUUUGACUUAAAAAGAAGAAAUGAGUAUUAUAAUUUGUACAUGCCCAGUGCCCUCCCAUUAAUAGACCCCUAGUUACGCCUAUGCCCCCCACUACGUGGUAGUGCAAUUGUGGGCUUUUCCCAAAGUUCAGGAUUGAAAGAUCCUUGUCCGUCAUUUCCUUUAUUUUCUGGAUCUCGUUAUCUUGCUCUCCAACUACUCCAACUCCCUCUUUCCGCUGUCUCAAGCGCCCAAUGGGCGAAAAAAAGCCCCAGCGCUUGAAACAAGCAGUAGAGGAUUAAGGGAAAUAGCUAACGAUAAUUAUUUAAAGCAGUGGUUCUUAACCUUUUUAUUACCACGCCCCCUCGAAGGGUUGGUCUUUUCUUCCACGUCCCCCUUGCAUAUGUGAGUAAAAUUCCCUCCCAGAUUUAAAGGAAAAUAAAAAAAAGAAAGAGAGAGAGAGAGAGAGAGAGAGAGAGAGGGAGAGAGAGAAGGGGUUUCCAGGGACAGGAAGGGAGGUCAAUAAUUACAAAACAUGGUCAGCCCAACGAGCCUUACUAGAGUAGUAGAUCUAGGAAAGUAACGUUCUAAGGCGAUACUUUUUAAUUUUGUCAUAAACUUCUGAAUAUUAGUCCCCCGUUCUUGUUGAGAAAAUAACGAAUAUAAUUAGAGAAUUUUUUUUCCUAGGGCUCACGCCUUCCCGGAAAUGUUGACGACCCCCUAGGGGGGGGCGGGGUGGGGGGGGACGCACUCCAGGUUAAGAACUACCGAUUUAAAAGUUAUCUUAGAAAAUACCAGAACCAUUUGUAAGUUUCGGUGAUAUUUAAAUCUAAAAGGGGACACUCUUAUGUUUGGUGAAUCAUCUUGGUAUUUUUCCAAACAAUUUAGAUUUCUUAGCUUUGUGUUAGUAAUGUAUUUUAUCUAAUUUGCCUUAAAACAAUGGUUCUGUUAAUUUCUUUUGAUUCAACUGUAGUUGCUCGUGAGCAGAAGCGAAGAUACUCUUGGUCGUACUUUUAAGUAUAUUUAUUAGACAUUAGCGUAAGGGUCAUGUGAAAAACUUAUUAUUCUUGAGAGUUGACCGGACAUUGGCAUAAUAUUCUACCAAGUAAAUUUGCGCAUAUUGAUGAUUUACUGAUGCAAUGUUCCAGCAACGAAAUAAAUAUUCGCAGAAUUUUUUUUUUACAUUUUUAACAUUUGUUUAAUGUUCUGGCAAUUAGAUAAACAUUUUAGGCACCUUAUGUAAGCUUCGUUAGACUUCGUUUCACAAGUCUUUAGAGCAACACUUAAUUAACGAUUUAUGCAAAUUGCUGAUUUUGUUCAGACUAAUAGGCGUUUCAUAUAAUUUUCUGGAGUUCAAGUAAAUAUUUGCACUAAUUCAAAAGACGCUAUGGUAAUAUGACAGAGCUAUUAAGCGAGUAAAAUUACCGAUUAUCAACAUUACGCUCAGGGAAGUAAAUAACACAGCUUGCAUAAAUAUCAUGACGCAAUAAUGUCACGUUUCAACAUUUCACUAAAACAUUUGUGAAAAGUUUCUGAUACUGAACCAAUAUUCAUUUUAAGUCAAUAGAGAACUUGUGAUGCUCUAGAGAGUCAAUAAACCAUUUGUUCUAACUGACGAAAAUCGGCAGGUAGGUAAGUGUUGACAUAUAACGAUAGGGUUUUGUUUUAGGGUGAAUUAUCAUUAUUAGCUGUAUAUCAUAAUAUAGGUGGUGGGUGUAUUCUGCUAGUCUCUUAUAUAACACACACACACACACACACACAUAUAUAUGCAUCUAAUAUAUAUAUAUAUACGUAUAUAUAUGUGUGUAUAUAUAUACGUAUAUAUAUGUAUAAUAUAUAUAUAUACAUAAAUAUAUGUGCACACACAUACAUACUUACAUACAUACAUACAUACAUACAUACACAACAUAAACACACAUUUAUAUAUACAUGCAUAUAUGUACAUAAAUAUAUUUAUAUGUACACACAUACAUGCAUACACACAAAUAAACACACCCACAUACAAGCACGCAAACGUAAGCACAUACAUAGGUGAAGCUGAUAAACACACUUACCCACACUCAUGCCCAUUCCAUCUAUAAACCCACACAGCUACACGUGCACACGACACGCUCACAUAAACACACAUAUGUGUGUCUAUGUCACAUAGACACACCUAUAUAUAUAUAUAUAUAUAUAUAUAUAUAAAAUAGAUAUAUGUACAUGCAUAUAUAUACACAUAGAUAACACACACACAUAUAUAUACACUGACAUUUUAUAUAAAUAUAUACAUGCAUGUUUGUACUCUUUUCCUUUUUGAGGAAACCUGAUAUCAUCAUCAUACCUGGAAGAAGCGUUCAAUUUACUCGGAAGGAAUUUUGAAUAAAAUAAAGAAAACAUGAGAGGGUAACAAGUUAUAUAAUGUAUAAAAUCAUAUAAAAGAAAUCUGAUGAGUAAAAAAAGAUGAAAAGUUAUAAACUAGUAUUCAUUACUAGAAACUUCGCUCACAUACAAAUGAGUAAAUUGCCCAUGGAAAAUUCAAAGUUACGAUAGAGAUGAAUUUGUGAAUUAGAUAUCAAUAAUUGGACAUAGAAAAAAAAGAAAACCUGGGAAUCAGCAAUACGAGUUAUUAAGUAAAUAAUGACAGAUAAUUAUAACGAAAUACAUACAAUGUAAAUAACCGUUUAAUUCGAUAUUCUUCCGAGGCGUAUGCAUUACUUUAGAAAACAUUGUAUAGCUUUUUCUAAACCUCUCUUAUAGGCGUACAAAGCAUUUUGUUCAUGCGACAGAGAUCCGUAGCGUAUUUCUGUAUGAAAUUACUAUAAAAAUGUUAUCAAGAACAUGAACGCGUUUUUCGUCUUUGAAUAUUACGCAAUUUCAAUUUGACAUACUAUAAGCCUCAGGGAAAGUGGUUUCCAUCGAUCAAAGCAAAAUGACUUGAUUUUUACUCUUUGUCAAAUUCGUCCUUCUCUCGCAUAACAAAUUGUUCGAAUGAAGAGAAACGAUCUGUUUACGAUGAACGCUUUUGUUCUAGAGAUAAAAUUUAAAAAAAAAGAGACUGGUUUACUUACAAAAUCGAAGGCUGAAGACUGGGGAAAUCUGACAUCUUCCUUUAAAGAACUGUAACAAGGCAAAGGGGUCCGGAAUAUCGUUGGUGGAAACUGCUGGCGUCUUGUAGAAGGCGAUCUACAGAGGAAAAGUGAAGCGUAGUUGUAAUUUGCGUGACAGCCUUAUGUAAGACAUGGUUCUAGUUAUCUUAUGUUGAAAGAUUGUCAUCAUUAUUAUCUUAAGUAUUGUAGUUUUGUUUUCACUAUUAUUACAAUUAACUACCCCUUCUCCAUUAUUAUUAGUAUUAUUAUUAUUAUUAUUGUGAUAAGCAUAAGGUUGUUGCUAGUAUUAUUAUAAUUAUAUAAUCACAUUGAUCCAAUGGCAAAUAAACUAUUAUUAUUAUUAUUAUUAUUAUUAUUAUUAUUAUUAUUGUGAUAAGCAUAAGGUGGUUGCUAGUAUUAUUAUAAUCACACUAAUCCAAUGGCAAAUAAAUUAUUAUUAUUAUUAUUAUUAUUAUUAUUAUUAUUAUUAUUAUUAUUAUUAUUAUUAUUAUUAUUAUUGUGAUAAGCAUAAGGCGGUUGCUAGUAUUAUUAUAAUCACAUUAAUCCAACGGCAAAUAAAGCAAUCAUAUUUUAUACCACAUCAAUUAAAAGAAAUUACUUGCUGUUUUGAUAUCUAGUACUAAUAUCAGUGUCUUUGCCUGGAAAAAUAAAUAAACAUGUCGUAACACA